UCACAAAGCAUGGUCAAAGAUGGUACCGUAAAUGGAUCGGAUCAUAACGUCAAAGGAAAGCGAUUGAAGAAGAAAUUCAAGGAGUCAACAAAACUGAAAGUGCCCUCCGCUCAGCAUUCCGCAACCACUUCAGUUCAGAAUGAUGAAUUACGAUACCUUCGUUACUCUGUCAGCGAGCGCUAUCCAGCACCUCGGCAGCUAUUUCUGAAACUGGAUAAGUCUAAUGAAUUUUCACUCAUUGUUGGAAACGUGCCAGCCUAUCUGCCAAAGGGGUUCGUUGAAGGUUUUCUAAAGCAGUUCGUACAAGUACCAAUUACUGAAGUCCUAGAGCAAAGGAGCAAUGCGUUGGAUGGUUCUUUAAAUCAUGGGCAACUAACCUUAUCGGUUCGGUUUGAAGAUCCAAAAGGUGUCAGUAUCGCGCUUUCACAAUGUCAGGAUGUGGGACCAUUUCGGGUAUGCGAUUUCGUCGACCCCGAGGUACCAUCCGUUCUGCAGAAUUCCGUUGCUCUCUAUCGCAGCCUUUUCCCAUCUGCUGAGGAGAUACAAAAAUCGGCCAUGGAUUUCAUCCAGAAACAAGAUGAGGAGAUUCAGGAGGCGAAGAAGGCGGCCAAACGGAAGCUGACUGAACCUGAUGAAGAGGGCUGGAUUACUGUUACAAAAGCUGCAAAGAGGGUUGGUAAACUUAUGAAGCUGAAGAAGGAUGAAGUACCUUCCAUGGGUGGCUUAAAGAAAAAGAAGAAUCAUGUCGAUAUCGCAUUUUAUUCAUUCGAUAAAAAGAACACCAAAACUAAAAGUGAGUUAGUUUUUACACAAGGGUGA